UUUCUUUUUCUUUUUUUUUUCUAUUCAUACUUACUAAUGCAUUCUACACUAUUCGUAGCAGGUUUUGGUUCCAGGACAAGAGCUGUAGAUCUAGCUUAUGAAUUUGAAAGGUACGGCCGACUUGUACGUUGUGAUAUACCCGCUCCUAAGAGUUUCUCAUCUAAACCGUAUGCUUUUGUCGAAUUCAAAGAUCCCCGUGAUGCUGAAGACGCGUUCAACGAAAUGCAUGGUCGGCGUAUAGAUGCUUUUACCAUUAGUGUACAAUGGGCUCGGAAUGCUCCCAGUGCUUCUUGGCGGUAUGAUCGACCUCCUCGUGAUAGAAGAAGAUCUCUCUCACCAAAGCCACAUCGUUCUUCCUAUGAUUAUCCACCACCAUCAUCAACGUUAUCUUCACCACCACCAUCAGCAGCAAGAGUACCAUCUCAAGAUCAUGUUAUAGCCUCAUCUUUCGAUCGAGAUGGAAUUCCCACUACCAACAACGAUAUCAUUCAUCCUACUUCAGAAGAAGGUUAUCAAUCACCACCACCUCCUAUGACUCAUGAUUAUCAUCAUCAUCGUCAUCGCCGUCCAUCUUAUUCUUACCGCCCAUACCCUCGUGAUCGACCACCACCUUAUAUGCGAGGUCGAUCGCGUUCUCCUCCACCUUAUCCACCUCACCAUCGUCAUUAUCAUUCUGGACAGCCACCAAGAUAUCCUACUCUUCUUCCUCAUCAUCAUCGAUAUCAUCCUGACAUGCGACGACCUCAUUCUCCACCGCCCGCACGACGACAUCUUCAUUAUUCAAGGUCUCCUCCUUCUUAUCGCUAUAGACAUCGUCGUUCACUUUCUCCUUCUCCAGUACGCGAUGGCAUCAAAGAUAUGGAUGCAUCUUCAACCUCUUCUUCUCCCAAUAGAUCAGCUCGUCAUUCUCAUGAAACUCAAAACCGUUACCAUUCUUCUUAUCAUGACCAUCAACAACAAUCUGAACGAUCCUCUUUCUCUGGUUCUCCUCCUCCAUCCUCCUCUUAUCGUCGACCUUUGUCUCCCUUGAUAAUGACACCUGCAACCAAUGGAAAUCCUGGUACUGAUACACCUAAUUGGUCUCCUACAGCUCAAGAUGAAAAAAAUGUAUCCUCUCCCCCUCCUCAAUUGGAAUAUUAGUUCUUUAGAUAUCAUGUUUAAACCCCUCUUCUUCCGUGUGAUAGUAUUUUUUUUUUUUCUUCUUUCUUCUUCUUGUAUUUGUUGUUGAUUCCCCUCACUUUUUUGUAUACGCAACAGAAAAAAAAAACUGUGUCCUUUUGUUAUCCAUUUAUUUUUCUCUCUCUCUCUCUCUCUCUCUCUCUCCAUCCCCUCCCCACACUUACACGUGUUAAUAAAAAAAAUUUUUUUU